AUGGGCCAAAGUAUCUCUUGGCUGUCCAGCUUGUUCUGGUCCAAGAAGGAAAUUCGGAUUCUCAUCCUCGGUCUGGACAAUGCUGGCAAGACGACGCUUCUCUAUAGGCUCAAAAUUGGCGAAGUAGUGACAACGAUCCCCACCAUUGGGUUCAAUGUCGAGUCCGUGACAUACAAGAACCUUAACUUUAACGUAUGGGAUCUCGGAGGGCAAACUAGCAUCAGGCCCUACUGGAGAUGCUACUAUGCCAACACUGCGGCAGUCAUCUUUGUCGUCGAUUCCACCGAUAUCGAGCGGCUGCAGACGGCUGCGGACGAAUUGGCUGCCAUGUUGAAUGAGGAGGAGCUCAAAGAUGCCGCCCUCUUAGUGUUUGCAAAUAAGCAGGAUCAGCCUGGUGCUAAGGGCGCUGCAGAUAUCUCUCAAGCUCUCAGGCUUGGUGAAUUAAGGGAUAGGAACUGGAGUAUCAUGGCUUGCAGUGCUGUGGAAGGCACGGGCAUCACAGAAGGCAUGGACUGGUUGGCGCAAACCGUUGCGCAGGAUUAG